AUGCCGUCUUCACGGGGUGAUGUCUUACCCCUAGAAAUAAAUGUAGAUGAGGCACAGACCACCUUACCUAGUAGGGAAGUUUCCCCUGGUGAGGUGAGGCCAAAGAUGGAGCCUUCAGUUUUCUAUUCCUUGUCGGAUGUCUCAAUAUUUGGUACACUAUUUUACUUUAUUUUCGCAGGUCUUUGUUUAGUAGCUGUUGUAUUGUUUGUUAACAUUGAUUAUCGCUUGGUUAACAAUUCUACAAGACGUGCGGCAGACACUUGUGGUGGGACAAUCGCCUCCUCUACAGUCGAUCAGGGCAGAGGUGUUCUCAUUGGUGUCUCUUUACUUUGCGUUCUCCUAUAUUUAAUUUUUGCAGUGGCCGCAGUGCGGUAUCUUCGUCGAGUCUCUAUGGAGUUGGUAAGUGAAGUUUGUCAGUUGUUUUUCUCCUUUGAUCUAUUAAACCGGCUUCGCUUGGAAAGUGUACCACUAUACGUUAAUGAUCACCGUGAUGUGGAUAUCAUAACAGAAAAGCAGACGUUUCUUCUGGAGUGUUAUUCUUCACAAACCGAAUUACAAAAUGCACAAGAUGCUAUUAAUGACAUUUCACUCGUUCUUCGUUUGUUUCGUACAUGGCUUCCUGAUGCAGUUUUUCAUAAAACCCCAGGUGAUGAGGCGAACACACUGAUAGAAGAAGGUGUUUCCGUUGCUGUUUCUGAAGCACCCACAGCAGUUCCCACGGGAGCGGCAACGACAACAGCAACGACAAUAACAAAUACAGCAGCAACGACAACAAUAGUGGAUGUUUCAAACACAGUGAAUCCACAAAAUUUCUCGCAGUUUCCAUCUCAAAAAGAAUCCUCUCUGAACCGUUCACACGACGAGACAGGAAAGAGUCUUGCGUUUUUGGCAGAUGGGACAAAAAAGGUUGAUACUGAAUGCUCAUAUAGAUCUUUGAAUAUUUCUAAAAUACGUCGUGGUAUUGAAUCCGGAUUAAAAACUAAAAAAGUAACAGUAGUAGUGGCAUUUUUAUCAGGUUUUGCUAGGAAUGUAGAUGAAGACUUACGAAGUUCUUAUUAUCUAUCCCAGGAAUUUUUUUCUAUAGUGACAGAGCUUGCAGACAAACAUAGUGGAACAUUAUUAAGCGUUACACCAGAGAGAGUUACAGCUGUAUGGAAUGCCUUUAGUGAUAACCCUAAUCAUGAAAAAACUGGAAUGCUGUAUGCUUGUGAAUUAAUAACAGCUCUUGAUUCAUUCAUGUUUGAUUUGGGUUAUACCGCACUUUCUAAAAUUAAUCCAGUUGUAGUAACUACCUCAGGAGAGGUUUUGACUGGAAUUGUUGGAGCAGAAGAAGAAAGAUCUAUGGUUGUUUACGGAGGCUGUGUCACACUUGGAGAAGAACUUCCUUCAUUGUUGAUAGCUUUAGGUAUAAAAUGUGCGUGUACAGGGAAUUUAUCAGAUUAUUGUCCUCUUGAUUUUUAUCCUCUUCCAAUGGACCAUGUGACAGAUUUUGAAGGUAAUGUUCAUGUGGUUUAUGAAAUUAUUGAUACCUAUCUUCCGUAUCAUAACAAGUUUAUUGAGGCAUUCAAUGCAUUUAAAUUAGAAAAGUACGAUAUCGCAGAAAACAUGUAUUCUGAAGUUUACAAUGAGAAUCGUGAUGAUUGGCAAGCGUUUAGAAUGAGUCAGUUAUGUAUAUAUCUUCAAAAAAGUGGUAGAAUAUAUCAACGACGUGUUCCUCAAUGGAAGUUAUUUCCUGUAGAGGUUGAAGGAAUUAAUAAUACUGAGAAACAUCGCAGGAGAAAUUCAUAUCAUUGGAGGAAAUUGGAGGCAAGUUCAGUUGAAGAUCAUCUUCGAGAAGUUAUAUCUAAAGUGACUGAUACCCAAUCGUCUUAUUCUUUUAAUUGUGAAGGUAUUCAAACCACAGAAAAUAUUAAAAAAACUGAAAAGAAUUAUUUAACUCAGGAAAAAUCGUUAAAACAAGAUCAGGAGCUUCCUAUCAUUGAAUUUCGUGAUCGACAAGGGAUGAUGUAUCGUCUCUCCGAUCGUGUCUUAGGUAAAGGAGCGAAUGGAAAAGUUUGUCUAGGAUUGUCACAAAAUGGUGCAUUAGUUGCUAUCAAGUCAAUUCACUUACCUAUGGUAGAACGGUCAGAAAUAGAGGGAAUGAGUGGUGUUGCCCUUAGACGUUUGCGUAGGAAAGGAAUUAUUGCUAAGGCUAAUGUACAGGAGGCCCUAGAUGGUAUUAUUAAUGAAGUAGGUAUGCUAUCUAGAUUACGACAUAAAAAUAUAGUAGGAUAUAUAUCUUGUGCCAUAUUAAAAAAUAGACUUCUAGUUGUUAUGGAAUUAGCAAGUGGUGGAAGUCUCUAUAAUAUUUUAUGUCAAUUAUCAAAGAUAGAUGUAAGUCGUGCAAAGCGUUAUUUAAGAGAUGUCUUAAAAGGACUUGAAUAUUUACAUGGGAAGAACAUUGUUCAUCGUGACAUUAAACCCCAAAAUGUUUUACUACUAGAAAAUGGGGUAUGUAAGUUGAGUGAUUUUGGUACAUCUCGAAGUUUACAAAUGAUAUAUACUUCUGCACAACUAGAAGGAACUCCAUUGUAUGUUGCCCCUGAAGCAGUACGUGGUAGAGUAGAAAAAGCUUCUGAUAUAUGGAGUUUUGGUAUUAUGAUGGCACAAAUAUUAAGCGGUAAGGUUCCUUGGCCAGAUGUGGGUAAAAUGAAUCCCCAUGCCUUUCUUUACAGUGUUGGCCAUGUUGAAACCUUUCUUCCCCAAGUAGAUGAAAGUAUUCCAGUUGAGGCUAAAGAUAUAAUUAUGCGGUGUUGUAUUCAUGACCCUUCGAAGCGACCGACCGCACGAGAACUUUUAAAAGAUCCUUUUUUUGGUCAAACUAACAAUUAUAUUGGUUCAAUGUCAGUAAACAGACGUUUAUCUCGCAUUGAUGAUCAUUUACAUGGUCAUUCAUUAAAUAGUUCCCACGUGAGACCUGGCAAUGAAUAUAUUGUUUUUCCUCCCACACGUGGUGUCAAAACAAAUAGUUUAAACUGUAUUAAGAAAUAA